AAUUUUGCUUGAUAAAGUCAAACAUUGAAAUAUUUAAUGAUCCAUCUAGCUUUCAUUGCUUCACUUCUGCAUUGAAGACAAUUUCAAAUAGUUCUUUUACAUUACAAGUUGUCAUUCACGGUUCAUUAAAAAAACGUAGAAAACUCCAAGGAAGUUAAGAGAUAUAGCAGUGAAAAUAAGAAUAUUAAACGAAUAGGCUCAUGAUGAACGGCGCAUCACUUUUGGUUAAUAAUUCACUAAAUUUCCAGUUUUUAUCUGUUUGUCACUACAUUUCCUCUCUUGGAAUUAUAUUUUACGACAAAGGCUUAAUUCAAUUCAAUCAAAGACAUCAAACUAUCCCUGUGCUGAACACUUUUUUUAAAUAUCUUGACGAUUCCAACAAUGAAGCUCAGACAAAACUUGAGCUUCUACAAACUAUAUUGAAGGGAAGUGAUCUUUAUGGUGGUGGCGAAAAUGAAAAACUUGAUGCGACAUACGUUGAUGAAACGUAUGAGUACAUCAUUAAAAUAACUCUUUUUUCGCACUACGACAACAUAAACAUAUAUUUAUCAAGACUAUUAAGCAAGACAUCUUCUAUAACUUAUUCCAAUUUUAUAGAAUUUGUAAGAACUGAGUUCUAUAAAAAAUACGUCAGUAAGGAUUACUGUUUAGGAACAAUCCAAAGUCCAGAACUUAAUUUACUGUCAAGAAAAAAAACUUUUUCUGACUAUAUUCUACCAAUGUUUCCUAAGCCAGACAAUACAAAUAUGAAUAUUAUAGACGAGGAUUAUAUAUACGCAAUGGCUGGUUUAAAAUUGGUUAGAUCUGUACUUAAAGAAACACUAUACGCUUCUUUUAGCGAUUACGUUUCUAUUGCACGAGAGUUUGAUUUAGAGAAUAAAUAUCACAAAAAAGAAAUCAUUGAAAUAAUUUUAGUACUUUUCUCAACACCUGCAGUAUUUAUCCAUGCUUUGAAGGUAAACAAUACACACAGUGAAAUAUCCAAAAAUUUUAUGACAGAGAUGUUUUGGGUUAAAGCAUAUAAACAUUUAUUUUAUUAUCUUGGUUUAGCAGUGAAUAAAAUAGAGAAAAUUCCUAUUUAUCAAAUAUUAAACGAGUUAUAUAUUCCCCACCUACAAAUAAUAGAUCCUAGAUUUGUAUUAAAUUUCCGUCUAAGCAAGUUUGGCUACAAAAGUUUAUACAAGAUGAAUUCCUAUAUGCGUAGAAAAAUUCCAAACGAUUUUAGAUAUAAAAAUCUCAAAUUACUAUUAACAUCCAUGUUAGAUAAUUUACAAAGAAAUAUGCAACUGUCAACAACAUUUAAUGGUCUGAUACCGAAUAAAGAGAUGAGUGAAGAAAAUAAUAAGGAACUCAUUCAAUUCUAUUAUCCCGGAGGUAAAAACUUCUUUGGACCCACUUGUAUUUUUUUAUCGGGAAAAAUUUUAGAAAUGAGAACAAUCGAAAGUCGACAAAUCCGAGUUCCCGUGUUGCCAGUAAUUUUUAAGGGAAACAAAAUUUAUUAUAUGGAAUAUAAUCUUGAAUUUGGUGAAUAUUCUGAUGUACAUCUGGAAAUGGGUAGAAAUGAUUUUCUUCGCCAAAUUAUUAUACCUUCUUCCAAUCACAAUGCAACUACAGAGAUAACAAGUGAUUAUCUAGUUCACUACAAUACAAAUGAGUGGAAUGAGACACCGAUAAAGAAGAUGAAACCUAAUCCGACGGAAAAUUUUAAUGCUCCUGCUCAAGAAGAACAUUCUUCUUUAGUAGACAAUUCCGAUACAUACAGACAAUUUACCGGAAGAGAUGGUUUACCUAGUGACGAUAAUCCAGGAUCCUCUGGAAGAUCUGGACAAGUUAUUGAAACAGAAGAUAUUUCAAGUGAUAAUGAUUUUAAUGCUCCUGCUCAAGAAGAACAUUCUUCUUUAGUAGACAAUUCCGAUACAUACAGACAAUUUACCGGAAGAGAUGGUUUACCUAUUGAAGAUAUUCCAGGAUCCUCUGGAAGAUCUGGACAAGUUAUUGAAACAGAAGAUAUUUCAAGUGAUAAUGAUUUUAAUGCUCCUGCUCAAGAAGAACAUUCAUCUUUAGUAGACAAUUCCGAUACAUACAGACAAUUUACUGGAAGAGGUGGUUUACCUAGUGACGAUAUUCCAGGAUCCUCUGGAAGAUCUGGACAAGUUAUUGAAACAGAAAAUAUUUCAAGUGAUAAUGAUUUUAAUGCUCCUGCUCAAGAAGAACAUUCAUCUUUAGUAGACAAUUCCGAUACAUACAGACAAUUUACCGGAAGAGAUGGUUUACCUAGUGAAGAUAUUCCAGGAUCCUCUGGAAGAUCUGGACAAGUUAUUGAAACAGAAGAUAUUUCAAGUGAUAAUGAUUUUAAUGCUCCUGCUCAAGAAGAACAUUCUUCUUUAGUAGACAAUUCCGAUACAUACAGACAAUUUACCGGAAGAGAUGGUUUACCUAGUGACGAUAAUCCAGGAUCCUCUGGAAGAUCUGGACAAGUUAUUGAAACAGAAGAUAUUUCAAGUGAUAAUGAUUUUAAUGCUCCUGCUCAAGAAGAACAUUCUUCUUUAGUAGACAAUUCCGAUACGUACAGACAAUUUACCGGAAGAGAUGGUUUACCUAGUGAAGAUAUUCCUGGAUCUUCGGGAGAAUCUAAACAUGUUAUUGUAAGAGAAGAUUUCACAAAUGAUAAUGAUGAUAAUGUUAAUGAUGACAAUUUGUAUUAUAUCAAGAGGUUUGAAAAAGAACAUUUCAAUGAAAUAAUGGGAUAAAUUUUUUUUUAAAUUGUAGUUCUCACUGGCUGAGAAAUAAUGAUGAGAGGGUUCUUUGGGGUAUAGAAUCUACACAAAUAAACCCUUCACGAGAAAAUUGCGCACCGAUAAUUUUACAAAAAAAAAUCCUACACUUAGACAAUAAGCAAAAUAAAAUUAAUUAACAAUUUUUUACUUUACACAAUUAAAUCAAACAUAAUUUUAUUCUACACAUUUAAUUGCACACAGGAAAACCCUACACCGUUAACUCUGAAAAAAAAAUUCUACACUUAAUAAUAUGCGGAAUACAAUUUAAAAACAAAUAAUAAAAAUUAUAAACGAUUAAAUACUACAAAAUAUAACCGUACAAAUUAAAUUGCAUUCAGGAAAACCUUACACGAUUAACUCUGCACAACUCUCCACGGUUAAUUAGAAUUUUUUAUAUUUUACACUGUCGACAUGGCAACCCUGUUUUUUUCAUAAAUAAACAUACUUAUGAGUAAGUAUAUAAGGUGCAGAAUCUUCUUGUGCAGAGUUAAUCGUGUAUUAUAAAAAACUUUUGAAAAUUAAUCAAAAAUCUGAUAAUCUGCAAAUAUUCAGGUUUAAAAUAUUUUAUUUUUUUUUUAAACACAUUAAGUGAAAAUUAAUAUCAUUAAAAUAUUUUUAAUCAAAUUCUUCAUAAACCACAUCAUUAUAAGCGUCACUGUUGAAUUCUUCGUCGUCAUCAUCUAUAUAUUC